AGAUGGUGCUCCCGGCAUGCUCUGCGAACCAGACUGUCAAGAUGGCGGCCGCCGGGCAACAUUUCCACAUCAUCGCGGCGAUUUUCCUGUCCGCUGCCUCCUACUCGGCCCCCUUGGAGGGAGUCCCUAACAAGAUAGAUCCCAGAUCGUGCGGCAAGCCCGAUGAAACGCAGAAGCACGCCAUGGCCCUCCCUGUGACGCUGUACGAGCCGAUCGGGCCCGUGUUUGGGGGGUGUCGGGUGUGGGCAGGGCACAUCCCCCCUAACUCCUAUCUCGGCCUGGGGCUUGGGGAGGUCGCCAAGGAAUGCGAACAAGGCAGCCUGUCCACCAUAUCAGGCCUGUGUUCCAUCCUGGGGAAGAAUGGUGCAGCCCAGGACACCUGUCAGCGAGACCAGGAGUCUCCAGCAACCAGCAUGCUCAGGGAAUAUGCUGCUGUUCUGUUGGACAAGGGACUGGUUCCACUGGUCAGCUCUGGCAAUUCACAGCUGGAUACAGAAAUAGCUUUUGGUAUUGUGCUUGCAAACACUGGAUCUCCAGAUGAGUCCAUACAACAUUUUUCUGCAUUUCUUAAGGAUCACCCCGAUGUUAUAGCAGCUUAUCAUGGCCGAGGGUCAGCGUACGCUCGGAAAGGUUUGCAGUACAAGAUUAAUGCAGAACUGGCCCUGGCCGACUUCACUAAAGCCAUUGAGCUGGAUAGAAAACUGGCAGAGAGCUAUGAGAGAAGAGCUGAGAUCCUGUCCCCCAUAGGACGGGGCAGAGACGCCAUCGUAGAUCUAGAUAUCGCCAUCAACUUAGAACCAACAGCAAGGCGGUACUUCAGGAGGGGAACCCUCAACUUCCUACGAGAGCAUUACACCUCAGCCCAGGCAGACUUUAAGAAAUCUCUGGAGAAGGACAGCAACCAGCCAAAUGUCUUACACUUUCUUGGGCUGGCUGUCUUCCACCGAGGAGCUUUAAGGGAAGCUGCCAAAAUCUUUGAGAACGUCAUAAAGGCCAACCCUGAGUAUGUGGAGGCAAUAAGAAAUCUUGGACAGGUGUACAGGGAGCUGGGAGACUAUGAGAAGGCCAUGGAGCAGUUCAACACGGCGCUGAUCUUGGACGACAAGCACGUGCAGGGUUACCAGUUCCGCGGCUCGCUCUACUACCACAGCGGGCGGCCGUUCGAAGCGUUACGUAACUUCAAAAAAUGCCUUGCGUUGGAGCCACACAACGAACCCUGUCAGUACAUGACUGGUCUGUCCAACUCUGCGAUUGGUCGCUUUUAUCAAGGGAUCAAGGCACAGACAAAGGUUAUGCUGAACGAGCCAAUCCCUGGGCAGAAAGUCUCCGUAGAAUACCAGAAAGUUUACUACUUGAGAGAAAACUCCAGAUACACCCAUGCCCACCUGGACGUCCCUGCCAGAGAGUUCAGCCUCGAUGCAGACCUAAAUGGGGACUUCAAGGACAGAUGGGCAAAAAACUUAAUUUUUACUGUGGAGAAUUAUACAGAACAGCCAGGACUGCAGCCUCAAAUAAGUGAUGUCGUCACAUCAGACUUCUCGUCCUACUCACCUGAGGUCCAGAAGAUGGUCUGCAGAGCGUACUCCCUGGGACAACUCAUGCAGUUUACGGUGGACGGGUACCUCCCCAACGUGCGUGUGCACACGGCUAUGGGCCUGGCUGCCAUAGAGGUCAUGCAGACUGCCCAGGCCUUCUGGAAGGCACCCAAGACUUCUAAAACACCAAUGGGUAAAAAGUUCCAUUGGCGAGACAUUUUUGAUACAGCGGUCAAAUGGAGAAGACUAGUUGAUCCCGAGCAGCCUGUGUUGUGGCUAGACCUGAUGCCAGCCAAAAGUGUGGAUGCCGGCUUCAACAACUUCAUGAAUAUGAUCAGAGGGCAGGUCACAAACAUACGAUAUAGCGGCUACCUGGACACAACAUUCAAACUGACAAAACAGAUGGUCAUGCACUACCAGGAUAAACUGGCACAGCUUGCAGCAGUGACCGCCGCCACAGGAGCCCAGAUCCAACUACCCCACAAUCUGCCGCACCCCAACCUAAAGGCAGAGAUCAGCAAGACCCAAAACUGUGAGGAACUCUUGGAAGUCAUGAAGCAGAAAAGUGGCAGCAGCACACAGAAUGGAUUCAUGGUGGGAACACACGUUCCCAGUCUCAAGGACAAGAAACGUAACAAGAACUACGAUGGCCUCAUGCUCACACUCAGCGGGGACACGGAAGGAAAUAUUCUCUUCUCCAUGGACACAGCCACAACAAAAACCCGCACCAGUCAGUACCACUCCGAGAUGGAGUGGAUCUGGAACCGCAUCACAGAUGAAGUGAAGAAGGGAGGAAACGGAAUGGGUUGGACACCCCCGGAGGGAAGUGGACUGGCCCCGGGUGGAAGUAAACAGGACGUCGACACUCUUGUCAACACCAUCCUGUAUCUGGUCUACUACUUCUACAACCUGCUGCCCCUCUCACGAGGCUCCAGUGUUGUAGCGUACACAGUUGCCAUGGGGAUGCUGAUGGCUCUUGGGAAGGAGGUCACAGGGAAAAUUCCCCCAGGGAAGAUGGUGGACAUGGAAGCCAUGCUGAUAGGCAGCCCAGAAUCCUUUGCAAAUGAAGUUAAAGACUGGAUGAAUCUAAAAAGGCUGUCCCCCCAGUGGACGCACCUCCCCAAGGUCGGGGACACGUUCCCGACGUUCCGAACGAUGAUCGAGGUGUUAAACCAGGACCUGCUGGCAGCGUGCAGCAAGGAGGGGAACCCCCACUGAGCCGGCGCCC